UCUUGUAAAUAGAUAAUAAUUUUAUCGAUUAUGUGAAAGCUUUUGGAGCAUAAAAAAAAAAAAUAAUUGGAGAGUUAUUUUUUCAUAAAAAGGAGAGAGAAAGUUAGAUAAAAAGAGAAAAAUAAAAAACAAUAACCCCCCACUAGUUUCGCCCCCUUUUCAGUGCUUUUAACCCAAAAACUCUUCUUCUCAAAUUUAUUUUAUUUUAGCCUUCACCUGCAAUUCUCCAAACUUCUUCUUCCAAUUUUCCUACCAAUAAAAACCAACGUAAACUUCUCUGUACCUUAAAAAAAAGGCACAAACUUUUUUUUGCCUAGUUUUCAAUUUUGUGCUAAUUUUUUCUCAUGGAGUUGAUUGAAGCAAGAGCAUUGAAACCUAGUCUUCUUUCAGAUAUGGCUAUGAAAAAUACCCAACAAGUUUUUAUUGAUGAUUUAUGGUGUGUAACAGGGUUUAAUAAUGGAGCAAAUGAUGAUUUUGAAGUUGAUGACCUUUUGGAUUUUUCUGAUAAAGAUUUUAAAGAUGGGUGUUUACAAGAAUUGCAUGAAGAAGAUGAAAAGGAAUCCUUUUCUGGAAAUUCUCAGAACAGAAAUUCACAAGAUUCUGCUUUUUCCGGCAUGGAAAGCUUUGGUUCCCUCGCCGGCGAACUCCCUAUUCCGGUUGAUGAAUUGGAGAAUCUCGAAUGGUUAUCACAAUUUGUGGAUGAUACGUCGUCGGAAUUCUCGUUGUUGUGUCCAGCCGGCGGUUUCAAGGAGAAAACCGGUGGUUUUCCACAGCCCCGGUCUGAACCGAUGGUUAUGGUUAGACCGGUUGUUAAGAAAAUGAAAGUUCCAGUUCCUUGUUUUCCUUUACCAGUUCCGGUUAAACCGAGGACCAAACGGUCUAGACCGGCUGGAAGAACAUGGUCUUUUCCAUCACCGACAGUUUCAGCGGACUCUUCUUCUCCAACCUCUUCCUCGUACGGUUCAUCACCUUUCCCUUCGGUUUUAUUCAUGAACCCGGUUCAUGAUGGUGACUUGUUUUUCAGCGUGGAAAAACCGCCGUUGAAGAAGAUGAAAAAGAGUUCAUUAACUGAACCCGGUUCAGGACGGAGAUGUACUCAUUGUCAGGUUCAAAAAACACCUCAGUGGCGAGCCGGUCCAUUGGGUCCAAAGACUUUGUGCAAUGCUUGUGGUGUUCGUUACAAAUCCGGUCGGCUUUAUCCUGAAUAUAGACCGGCUUGUAGUCCAACUUUUUCUCAAGAAGUUCAUUCGAAUAGUCACCGGAAAGUUUUGGAGAUGCGGCGGAAGAAGGAAACCGGUGAGGUUAUUGAACCCGGUUUAGCUUCAAUGAUUUCAACUUGUUGAAAUGAAAUAGAACCGGCCGGUUCGGUGGAAAAAGCGGUUUAGUAGGUUGCGGUUAAAAUGUGAAAAUUUUUGGUAAAAUUGUGGUUUGUAGGAGGAGGGUAGACAUAGGAAUGUAACGGUAUUUUAGGGAGGUUAUUGUAAUUUUACUUUUAGGUAUUUUCUACUUUAUUCUUUUUGCUUGAUGUUUUAAUUUUUAUUUUUUUUUGCAGUGUAAAAUUCUAAUUCAUUUGCCGUUUAGUGGUCAAUCUUUUAGAAA